AUGCCCCCCCUCCCCGCCCCGUCGCCCGACCAGCCAUACAUGCACGUCUCCGCGCUGGAGGCGGGCACGAUCCAGCUGCCCAUGGACUUCAUCGUGCAGGGCGCCGCGCACGCGUACAAGCGCUGCCCGUCGCUCGCGUUCUACCUGCGGCACUCCGCGUCGGCGCGCGACCUGGUCUUCGACCUCGGCCUGCGCAAGGACCUGGGCUCGUACCCGCCCGCGGUCCAGGCACACUACCUCGACGCACACACGGGGCGCAUGCACUGUGCGGUCCCGCAGGACGCCGCGGAGUCGUGCGUCCGCGGCGGCGUCGACCCGGCGAAAGUUGAGAGGGUGGUCAUCAGCCAUCUGCAUUUCGACCACAUCGGAGACCACACCCCGUUCUCCGCCGCGACCUUCCUCAUCGGGGGCGACGGCGAGGCGACGUUGGCCGACGGCUACCCGGGGAACCCCGCCGCCUUCAGCCUCUCGGCAUCGGUCCCGCGCGAGCGCACCCUCUUCCUCACCCGCGCGGCGCACCUCACCGCGCGGCGCACCUCACCGCGCCGCUCGGCCCGUUCCCGGCGGCGCACAACGUCUUCGGCGACGGCGCCGCGUACGUCAUCGACACGCCGGGCCACUGCGCGGGCCACGUGA